AUGGCACCGCCUCCGUCAGCUUUCGCGGCAGCGUUGGCCGCGGGAUACGCCAAGCUUCCCGUGCUCGCCUACACUGGAGGAUACCUGGACAGAGCUGCUCAGGAGGCGAGCGAGCUCUACCUCAGCCUGGACCCGGGCCUGUCCGAACUCACCGAGGCCCUGUACGCACUGCUGUCGCACAACCGGUGGUACCACUUCGUGCUGCUCACCGACGAGUCGCCCGACGCGUCCACCAUGGCCCGCAGGCUGGCCACCCUGUGUCAGGGCACCCCUUGGCGACCGCUGCUGCACGUCACACUCCCCGCGGCAGCUUCCGGUUCCAACGGCGUUGACGACGAGGACGCCGAAGAGCGGCCGCCGCCCAUGCUCAAUCAACUGGCACGCGUGGGUUCGAGUCCUGCCCGCGUGCUGCUGCUAUUCGCCGAACCGACGCUGGCCCGAGCCGUGCUGGACGCGGCGCGCACGCUUAACCUGCUCGCCGGCGAGCACUUGUGGUUGUUUGUCGAGAGGGCCGAUCCACAUCCCAGAGCAAAGAGUCCGUGCCGCGAAGACAGCGAGGGCCCCGUGGACGUUCCCGAACGGUGUCCCCUGGGAGCGCUGAGCCUGCGCCUUCGCCGGGGCCCCGUGGAGCGCACCGAGGCCCCCCGCUGGCUGGUGGGGCUCCUCAGGGACGCCCUGGCGCGCUGGGGCCCCGUUGAGUGGCCGCUGGCGCUGCGAAAUGCAUCCUCCGCCCCGGCGCCUACCUGCUGGGAGGAGGCAGGGGCUCGCCGGCAUGCCUUCUCAACCAGACUGCACGGCUACCUUCGGGCGGCUGCGGCGGAGGCGGUGCAGAGCCAGCGGUUCCCGCCGCCGGUGUUCGACGUGCUCAACCUGGUGCCGGCGGGCAGCGUGGCGCGCUGGCGCUCCGUGGGCAACGUGACGCGUGGUUCGGCGCAGCUUGACUCGGUUCUCUGGCCCUCGGGCCCCGGUCAGCAGCCCACGCUGACGGGACCCCGAGCCUGGGGCCGACAGCGGUUCCGCGUGGUCACCGCCUACGCGGCGCCUUUCGUCAUGGCGGCCACCCGCAUCGGGAACGGCAGCUGCCUCAGUGGAGUACCCUGUCUACAAGUUUUCACCGCUGACCCGGAACAACUGGCAGCUCUGUUCGCACACUACCAUCAGACACGCGGCGCGGCCAGACACCCGCUGUACAACGUUACCUGCUGCGCGGGAAUCGCCAUGGACUUGCUCACCUCCCUCGCCCGUGACCUGGCAUUCGACUUCGACCUGUACCUGGUCGCCGACGGCAGCUUCGGCACCGACCGCGGCGGCAAGUGGGGAGGCAUCACUGCCGACCUAAUAUCCGUCCAUUGUCUCCUAAGCCAGCGCACGGGCACAGCCCGCGGCACAGCCGCCGAGGGCUACGUGUUCGCCGAGAACAAGCGCCUGUGGGAGCACAUCCAGCGGUUCGGCGUGCCCACCCUGGAGGACGGACUCGAGUCCCUCCGGUCGGGCGCACUCGACGUGCUCAUCGGCGAUACGGCGGUGCUCAACUACUACCGGGCCAACGAGCCCAGCUGCCGGUUGCGGCUGCUGGGCGACUCCAUCUUCGACGACGCCUACGCCGUGGGCAUGACCCGCGGCUUCCCUCUCGCUCAAGGGAUCUCCGAGCUGGUACUGCGCUACAACGCGCUCGGCUACCUCGACCAGCUCCACAGCAAGUGGUAUGGCCGCGCGCCCUGUUUGCAGGAUGGCCUGCUGCAGCGGCUGGACAAGCCACUUCCGUUGGGCGUCCGCGCAGUGGCCGGCCUGUUCCUGAUGCUUCUGGUCGGUCUGCUGGCCGGCUCGCUCGUUCUUAUCAUCGAGCACCUCGUCUUCCGCUACGCUCUGCCGGGCCUCAGGGCCCGCUCGCGAAACUGCUUCUGGAAGAGCCCCAACCUCAUGUUUUUCAGCCAGAAACUUUACCGUUUUAUCAACACGGUGGAGCUGGUAUCCCCCCACCACUCGGCCAAAGAGAUUGUGACCAACCUUCGAGAAGGCCAAAUCGCCAGUCUGUUCCAGAAGAGCGUUAAGCGAAAAAUCAAGGAGGAGGCUCGCCGUAGGAAGAGCAAGUCCCAGUUCUUUGAGAUGAUCCAGGAAGUGCGUCGAGCUGUUCAACAGCAACAGUCGGAACGAGACGCCGACGAAGCCGAGUCACCAACGAGCCGUCAAGAUGACGGCCCUCUCAGCGCUGCAUCCAGUAGCGGGCCCCUUUUGGUCCGGGAGCAUAGAGGCUCCCCAUCAACGAGUAGCGGCAGUCCUGCCUCCCGUCCCAGCUCACCGCGCCUUCGGGGCGCGGGCGCACUCCUAAGCGUCAGCCUCGAGACGCUCGUCGCCCCUCGCGUGCCGGUGCGUCGGCGGCGAGCCAAGUCCCUGGGCGACCUCUCCCAAAUGCGGCCGCCCUGGGAGCCUCGACGAGUCACUCUGGCCGCAUCUGGGCCGCUGGACGACGUCUGCCUACAGGGCCUCUCCCGCGAGCAACUCGUCCGGCGCUGGCGUGACUCCGAGCGCCGCCUGCUCAACCUGCUGCGCGAGGCGGUCCGCGAAAAGCAGGCGCUGGAGCGGAAGCUGGCCUUCCUGCACAACGCCCUUCGCAGGAAGCCGCCCUGA